AUGCAACCCAUUCCGGCGCCGAUGGUCACCGAGCUGGCACUUGACAAGCAUUCACAUUUGCACGCCCGCCGUGGAUCCGCCUCUUCUUCCCUCACCUCUGCUCCGCCUACUCGCCGCUUCAGCUCCCAUUCCACAUACGCUCGAUCUGUAAUGAGCAAACUCACCCUACCGGCCGACAACGCGCACCACCACAUCGACAUCAACGACAACGACCUGACGCCCCGCCCCGUGUCGGCCGAGCCCAAGUUUCCCACCGUUGCCCCCGCAAAGAACGUGCAGGCGCUCAAGGAGCGUGCCCAGCUAAAUGGCCAGCUGAAGCCUGUCCCCAGCGCUGUCCAGCCACAGCAGCAGCAGCAGAACGGACAUGUCGUAGUUGGGAAUAAUGGCGUGGGCGCCGCCUUGAGCGACACCCCGCUGCCAUCAGUUCCGGGCAGUCCGCGAGAGUACGGAGAGGCGCCGUCACAGACUACCUCCUACUUCGCUGACCGUAGCAGCCUGACCAGAAACAGCUCUGCCGCAGGCACACCACGAUUGCGACCGACGACGCUCGACAUCCCCGGCCUCACAAAAUCAAAGGUUUCCCCAGACGGCAAGAUUGCGCAGCGCGAUGUCGGCUCCAAGCUAGUCAUUGUCAUGGUGGGACUGCCGGCGCGGGGUAAGUCGUAUAUUACAAAGAAAAUGGCCCGCUACCUGAAUUGGCUGCAGCACGACACCAAAAUCUUCAACGUGGGAGAGAAGCGGCGAGUCGCUGCGAGCCACAGUGGCUUUCGCCUGUCCCAGGCCAACCUGGAGCGCGUCUCGCCCAACGUCAAGCAGGCCAUUGAGGCGCACCAGGAUACGCUGCCGCAGAUUGCUGCAAAAAUUCUUAUCAAUGGCGACCCCGCGCAUGAGGGGUCCAUAGACCCACAGAAGCUGCCGGACCCACGCCGGGGUAGCACCGCCAUCGCAGACGACGACGAUGACGACCAUGCAGCACUCCCGCCGCCCAGAGUCGAGGUUACGUCGCCAGGUCCAAAGGCACCCUCGCCUGACAACGAGCAGGACAAUGCAGACGGCGAGGCAAUGGACCAGUCGGCCGACUUUUUCGACCCACAAAACCAGCGCGCAGCUGCCCUACGAGAGCAAUGCGCCAUGGAAACACUAGAUGACCUGUUGGAUUACAUCCUAAAGGGCAGUGGCUCAGUGGGUAUCUUUGAUGCCACCAACAGCACCCUCGCAAGGCGGCAGCAGAUCAUGCAGCGGAUACGGGAGCGCGCAGGACCGGAGCUCAACGUGCUGUUCGUAGAGAGUGUAUGUCGCGAUCAGAAUCUGCUCGAGUCCAACAUGCGCCUGAAACUGUCAGGACCAGACUAUGCCGACAAGGACCCUGUUGCUGCUCUCGCCGACUUCAAGAAGCGGGUAGCCAUUUACGAGAAGAAUUAUGUCCCAAUUGGUGACUACGAGGAGGAACACAACAUGCCCUAUGUCAAGAUGGUGGAUGUGGGUCGAAAGAUGAUUUCCCAUCAGAUCAGGGGCUUUCUUGCUGGCCAGGCUGUCUAUUACCUUCUCAACUUCAACCUGGCGCCACGCAUGAUUUGGAUAACGAGACACGGCGAAUCCACGGACAACGUUGCUGGCAAGAUUGGCGGCGACUCUGACUUAAGCCCGAACGGACAGAAGUAUGCAAAGGCCAUGACCCGCUUCAUUGCUACUCAACGCAAGGAAUGGGCGAUUCGACAGGCAAAUAAAAAGGCAAACUCCCAUUUUCCACCAGUCGCCGGCGACCUGACUCCUCCAAACCCCUACUACAGCCACGAGCUUGAGACGCACAACUUUUGUGUCUGGACUUCGAUGCUGAAACGUGGAAUCCAGACUGGCCAAUACUUCUGCGACGAAGAUUUUGAGGUCAAACAAAUGCGCAUGCUGGACGAGCUCAAUGCAGGUAUCAUGGAGGGUCUUACGUACGAAGAAAUUCGCACAAAGUACGCCGACGAGUACCUGCGACGACGCCGCGACAAGCUCGCAUACCGCUACCCCGGCCCCGGUGGCGAAGGCUACCUCGACGUUAUUAAUCGUGUUCGGCCUGUUAUCGUAGAGCUGGAGCGCAUGACGGACCACUGUCUGCUCAUUACACAUCGUAGCGUUGCUCGUGUGCUGCUCGCCUACUUCCAGGGUCUGAAGCGUGAAGACGUGGCUGACCUGGACUGCCCCCUGGGUAUGCUCUACCAGCUCGAGCCCAAGCCCUACGGUGUCGAGUUCAAAGCUUGGCGCUACAAUUCUGAAACGGAUGAUUUCGAUCACUUACCUGACUAUAAGCUACGACGGGCCCCUACCAUGGCCAACUAA